GGCGCAGAUGCAAGAACUGCUCAUCCUCCAGCCCUCUCUACAUCCAAUCAACUGCUGAAAGACAGCGGAAAAAAAAAAACAAACUUCCGGGAAGGUGAAGCCACACUUUCUGGGCUGCAACAUGGAGUUUUCCAGUGGGACGGAUGAGCCGGUUUCCGCGGAGGUAGUGUCCAUCGCAAAUGCUCUUUCUCUGCCAGCAGAGUCUUACGGCAAUGAUCCAGAUAUUGAGAUGGCUUGGGCUAUGAGAGCAAUGCAGCAUGCUGAAGUAUAUUACAAGCUGAUUUCAUCAGUUGACCCACAGUUCCUGAAACUCACCAAAGUGGAUGAUCAGAUCUACUCUGAAUUCCGGGAGCAUUUUGAGAAACUCAAGAUAGAUGUAUUGGACCCAGAAGAACUCAAAUCAGAUUCGGCUAAAGAG